CGCACACUCCAAUCUUGUAUCCAUCAAAUAAACAAUAAACAUCAUCCAUACAUAGAAGAUAGAACAAAAAGAAACUCUUACGUAAGAGAAAAAUGGCAGGAACUGUGGGUAAGAUGAUGAUGGUGAUGGCUUUGGUAAUGAUGGCAUGUUGUCUACAAGCAUGCAAUGGGAUGAAGGUUGAUGAAACCAUGCCAGCGGCAGCGAUGGCUUCAAAACUCGAGUGCUUCAAAACAUGUUCCAUAAGUUGUGGCAAACAAAACAAACCAUGUUACCAAGAUUGUUUGACGAAAUGUGGUGUACCUCAAUUUCCUUCUAAACCAUCAUCCCCUUCAACCGCUUAAUCUAU